AUGGAGAUCAAACUUGCCAGUCAUGAGCAUUCAAUGGGCUAUCAUUGUCUCGAUGAUGAGACAGAUGAUAAAUGGUGUGAUAAAUGCAGGGAGACCAUCUGUGGUGCAGCCUAUGCAUGUGUAAGGUGCGAACUCUGGUUGCAUGAAUUGUGCGCCAAAGCUAUACAAUAUCUGCCUCCAGAGAUUACACAUCCUCUCCACUCACACCACCAUCUUAUUUUAGAUUGGUCUGGAUCCGGUUCUUUCGGAUCAUUUACCUGUGAUCUAUGUUUGAAGAUUCCUUCGGCCACCUAUUACAGUUGUUGUCGGUGCUCCUUCGAGCUCGAUUUAGUUUGCGCUUUUGCAAGCAGUGAUGAUCAUGUAGCUAGGAAGAAGAGGCAGAGAUCCAAUGCAGAUAGGGAGAAACAGAUAAUGCAGCAUUACUGCCACAUCCAUCCGCUGAUCCUCUACAAGUAUAGCAAUGAGGGAGAACAUGAUUAUAAUUGUCGUUGGUGUGACAAGCCAUUGACGGGCAUUUUCUACGGUUGUAAAAGUUGUGGCUUCUUCCUUCAUGAAUUUUGCAGUGAUAAGAUACCCAAAACAUUGAACCAUCCUUUCCAUCCAUCACACCCUCUUCGCUUGGAUUUCGUUGACGCAACUUGCAAUGCUUGUACACAACAGAUUAAAUUGAGUAAUAAAGACUUCUCCACCGCUGCCUAUGGUUGCCAAAUUUGCAAUUUCAACCUUGAUUUUGGGUGUGCAAAACUAUUACCUAACCUUAACCAUGAGGGCCACAACCAUUGCCUCACUUAUGUUGGUCCCACUUUCAGGGAUCCAACUAGAAAAUAUCAUUUCCAAUGCAGCUCCUGCCGUGAGCUGUGUUUAGACACCUUUUAUCGUUGUGUGCAGUGUGAUCUCAAUCUCCACCUUAUUAAAUGUGUUCCAGUUCCACCUUUAGCUAAACAUAGAUAUCAUAGACAUCCACUCCUCCUUAAUCAACCAAUUAGAGAAGAUGAGAUUGGAGAGUAUUACUGUGAUAUUUGUGAGAAAGAACGAGAUCCAACACAUGAAGUUUAUUAUUGCCAAAAAUGCACAUAUAUUGCUCAUAUUGAAUGUGUCUCAAUCAGGUCGCACCCUUUCUUUAGUUUGCUUUACUUUUAUAUAUUACUUUAUUCCUCGUUUUCUAAUAACGGAAUGUUUGCUGUACAUUAG